UGGCAUCCCUGCCUAGCACCCCUGAUAAUCAGUGAGCAUCCCUCGUCAGAUUCCAAUUGGAUUUCAAUCCAUCAACAGGCAAGGACAAAGGAGCAAAACAAAUUUAAAAGACCAGCAGUAGUCCUGGAUCGAUAGAUCCAGUUGGUGUCGUUUUCCGGUUGUUUUUUCACCAUUUCGGAUGGCAGCAGGGCCCGGGGGACGAUUCUUUCAGAACCCCUUCCAGGACUACGUGGGCGGUCCAGUGGUGAAAAAUGACGACCACAUCCGGGGGCUGAUUCAGUCCUACGUUCAUUUGAUUGUGGACAACACCCGUCCGGGCAAGAAUAGCGAUCACCGGGGAGAUUUGUACGUGGGCGAUGCUGGUAUUGCGUACAUGUUCCUGAAGUUGCACGAGGCAGGACUUUUCGGACCUGACGCCCUGCAGUAUGCAAAACAGUACGCAGCAAAUGCCAAAGGAAAAGCCGUUCGGUAUGCCGGACGAGCUGAAGAGCGUUGUUCGUUUCUCUGCGGCAAUGCAGGAAUCUAUGCGGUUUCUGCUGCCAUUUGCCAUACCAUGGGCCAAAGACAAGAGAUGGAUGAAGAUCUGAGAAACUUUGCUUCCGGCAUUACAGUUUGCCAAAAGAUAGACUUCAACAAAAAUGGAAGCGAUGAAUUGCUCUUUGGAAGAGCUGGUUAUUUGAGUGGAAUAUAUUGGCUGCAUCAGACCAUCGACAAAAGAUUGUUCGCACAUGACACAAUUAAUGUAAUAUCAUCCGUAAUAAUCGAAAGUGGAAAACGCUAUUCCGCUGCCCAUCGGAGCCCGAUACCGUUGAUGUUCCACUGCUGGGGAGAUGAAUAUCUGGGUGCAGCCCACGGAGUGGCGUCCAUUAUGCACAUGCUGCUGGAAACUCCACUGCACACCAAUCCGAAUAGCAACGAAAUGGCCGCUGUGCGUGCCACUAUUAAUAGCUUGUUGUCCCUUCAGGAUACCGAAGGCAAUUUUCCAGUUACACUCCAGGACUACGUACAGAAAGCAAGAGAUGAAACUUUGGUUCACUGGUGCCACGGAGCUCCCGGCAUAGUCUAUCUCAUGGCCAAAGCAUAUCUGAUCUUCAAGGAUCCGAAGUAUCUGCAAUCGUGCGUGCGCUGCGCGGAGCUCACCUGGCACAAGGGACUGCUGCGUAAGGGUCCCGGAAUCUGUCACGGCGUUGCCGGCAGUGGAUAUGUCUUCCUCCUCCUCUACAGACUGACCGCAGACCCCAAAUACCUCUAUAGGGCCAUUAGAUUUAUGGAGUUUUUGACGCACGAAGAGUUUAUCCGUUACGCACGUAAUCCGGAUCGACCGUUCAGCCUGUACGAGGGCUACGCCGGAACGGUUUGCUUCCUGAUCGAUCUGCUUCGACCGGAGCGAGCCAGCUUCCCCUUUAUGGAUGUGUUCGAAAUCAAAUGGUAAGAAAACUUAUAAACGAAAACAAGGCCCUGUUGGCCGUGACGAUCAUCAUGUUUAGGUGUUAUUCUCACACAUAAAUAAAUUAAUUUAUUGAUUCCUUUGGCAAUUCUGCACUAAAA